AAUAACAAAAUCUCGUAAUUGACCUACGAGAAAUCUGUGAAAGUUGAAUAGUAAUGUGCUACGAAUUGGUACGAGAAGGAAUCAAUCUUCUUUGAGAAGAAAGCAGUCCAUGGUCAUGCCGACACCUGCACAACAAUCGGUAAAUCACACCAACAUUUCGUUGUAGGAAAAAGGAAGAGAGCGACGGAAAAAGUGGUAGAACGGGAAGUGGUUGGUUCGUAGAGUAGAGUUCGUAAGGAUUGAAGGAAAACGUGGCCCUUCGUGCAACCCACUGUUACCGCUACACACUCCAGCAAUUCGCGAAGGCUGUGGUGCGCAUACGCUCACCGUUUGCUUACGUCGUAGCACAACACUCGAAGGAUACACAAUUCCGCAUACGCACCACCCGGAACAGCAGCAACAGCAGCAAGGAUAAUGCCAUUCCAUAGGUUUAUCUUUACCCCGAGACUGCUGAAGGAGUACGAUGGAUCAAAGGAGGGCUACGAACCAGGGGCACUGGAAAAGUAUGGAGAUCAGAUCCUGACAGCUCUUAAUCUCAUGUGGAGUUUCAGUUACUACACCUCACCGAUUCUCAUCUCGAUACUCUACCGGCGGGGCUACUUUGUGGCCGAAUCGGUUGGCACCUUUGCAAAGGUUACGACGGGCAUCGGAUUGCUGGUGGCCGUUUCGCUAUGCAUGCGCGGUCUUGGCCGUUCGAUGAACGUGGCAUACGUACGGUUCGCGGAGACACUCGAGAAUGCCAAACGGAACAGUGCCCGCAAUGGAGAACCGAAAACGGCCCUCCGGCGGUACGAUUUCGACUUUAGCCAAUGGCCAAUCGAUUACGUCGUCAAGGGUGGCAGCCGCAAACAGCGUAGUCAGCGGAACAAAAGCUUGUGGAUAUCAUCACUUCCGUGUCAGAUUGCGGCCUACGUUGCCAUUCACACCUUUGGCAUUCGCAUGAUAUAUCCCGGUUCGGUGCGACUACUGCAGAGCUAUGUCGAACCGAUGCUGAUCGAGGGUCGCACCAAACUGGUAACCCAGCUGAACGCAAAGCGGAAUAAAGUGAAGACGACCGAUGGUAACGAGAUCGAUACGAUCAUCGUCGAUAACCGGCAUCGAAGUGCCAACGGGAAAACGCUCGUAAUAUGCUCCGAGGGAAAUGCAAGCUUCUACGAAAUCGGAAUCAUGUCAACGCCACUCGAUUUGCAGUAUUCCGUGCUGGGCUGGAACCAUCCAGGUUUCGCCGGUAGCAGCGGUCGUCCGUAUCCAGAUCAAGAUCAAAACGCGAUCGAUGCAGUGGUUCAGUUUGCAAUCAACGAGCUGGGCUUUCGACCGGAAAACAUCAUCCUGUAUGGUUGGAGUAUCGGCGGCUACUCGACGCUCUAUGCCGCCUCACAGUAUCCCGAGGUGAAGGGUGUCAUUCUCGAUGCAACGUUCGACGAUGUACUGCAGCUCGCUUUACCACGGAUGCCAGAGCGCAUUUCGAACAUCGUUAAAAUUGCGAUCCGCGAGUACGUCAAUCUGAACAAUACGGAGCUGAUCAGCCAGUACAAUGGUCCUGUGUUGCUGAUCCGCCGUACGGAUGAUGAAAUCAUUUGCUCAGAAGACAACGAUCUGGGUACGAACCGGGGCAACUAUCUGCUCGUAAAUAUGCUCAAGAACCGGUUCCCGAACAUCUUUAAACAGGAACAGGAAACGCUGGCCAGGGAACUGUUGUCAAAACCGAUCGAUUUCAUCAAAAAUGUUCCAGAUGAUCUAUGCAUUUCGCUGCUCAUGUCGUACCUAACCGACAACGGAAACAAUGGUACCAACCGAAGCUAUCCGAUCGAAAUCGGUGCCGAGUUUUCAAGUGAGCAGCGGAACACGAUGACCAAAUUUCUGAUAAAGAAGCACCUGCUGGACUUCAAGUCGACGCACUGCACUCCGCUACCGGAAGAGUUCUUCCAAAUGCCGUGGGAAAUUCCGGUCGAAACGGAUUUCGUUUUCACCUAAACGAAUUGGCAGCUGCUCAGAUCGACCACUGGACUGGAUGACAGAAGACGAUUAUUCCAUUACUUUUCCAGUAUGGUGUAUAUGUGGCUGUUAAGUGGGACUAGUGGGAGAAAUGAAGGGGUUUGGUUUCGUCAACGUGAAUUCAUUAAUCGCGCUUCGCCGAGGGAGGACUUCUUUGCUAACUAUAUGUGCGUGUGUAUGUUUGAUGGUUUGGUGUAAGGAAGCUACAUUUUAGAAAUACGUCAGGGCAUCCUCCUUAAGAUCUUAUUAGUACACUGAGCGAGGGACAUAUUUAUUGAUCCAGGAUAUGAUCCGGGUAUUCCGCGUACCCCGAUCUCUCUGUUUAUCAGGGUGUAUGUGGUGGUGAUGAUUUGACUUUUGUGAACAGGGGGGGGGGGCAAGGAAUAUUUUCCAAAGCCUUUGCGAAGAGUUCAGGGCCGGUAGGCAGUACUAUUUUACCCAAAGGCAGAUUUGUUCUGGCCAUCGCGGUGGCUGUCUAAAUAAAUCCUAACAUAGUACACCUCUCUA